AACCAUAAAAAGGAUGGAGCUUCAAUCGGCAUGCCUUGGAUUUCGUGUCCCAAAGUUCAGCAUUUUUUGUCAAAAUCGAUUCUUUAAUCAACCCGCUCCUGUAUGCAACAUCAUCAGAAGAAACGGAAAUGUUGGGCUUGGAGAUGCAUCAAAGUGGUAUUUAAGGUUAAAUAAGGAGGAUAUAUUGUGGAGAUUGAGCAGAUGGGGAACAAUAGUGUGUGUUUCUGGGUCUGAUCAAAACUCAUGUUUGAACCAUACUGGGACUGAGAGUGAGAAAUCUGUUGUGGCUUUAAACACAUUUGAUGGCGUGGAAUCGUUUCAUGUUUUUUUUUAGCUAUGCAAUUGAGGCUUUCUUCAAGGACGAGAAACUUGUUGAAAUUGUGUCCUCGUUUUCCUUUGAAGUGCUAUUCUAUAUUGGUCUUGGGGUGUUCUUUCUGGUGACUGAUUAUGUUCAAAGGCCCUAUUUGCAGUUCAGUACCAAGAGGUGGGGUCUCAUUACAGGACUCAGGGGUUACAUAUCAUCCUCUCUCUUUGCAACGGGUUUCAAGAUUAUUACUCCUCUUGUUGCAGCUUUUGUAACUUGGCCAGUGCUCGGUGUCCAAGCGCUGGUUGCAGUGGCUCCUUUCCUGGUAGGUUGUGCUGCCCAACGCACAUUCGAGACGAUUCUUGAUAAGAGUCAUUCAUCUUGCUGGCCCCUGGUUCCUAUCAUUUUUGAGGUGUAUAGAUUGUAUCAGUUGACCAGAGCCAUUCAAUUCAUUCAGAACUUCAUGUCUUCGAUGAAAGACUCCCUGAAAACCCCAGAGAUGCUGAAGCGAAGCGGUGCAACUGUUGGGAUGGUGGUCACUUUCCAAGUCCUAGCUGUGAUUUGCCUUUGGUCGUUGAUGACAUUUCUCCAACGGCUUUUUCCUUCUAGACCGGUUGCAGAGAACUAUUGAUGAUUAGCCUCCUCCAAUCUGGUUAAUGGUCCUCUCCAAAAUCUACGGCCUUUUGAUGGAUUUCAAGAUUGAAAACUUCAAAAAAUUCCUUAAUCAAGGACUUGUAGGAGAUAUCAAUGAACUCA